AUGUCUGGCAGCUGCUGUUCCAGGAAAUGCCCGUCCGUGCCGGCCAUCUCGCUGUGCUCCACCGAGGUGAGCUGUGGGGUGCCCGUCUGCUUGCCCAGUUCCUGCCGGAGUCAGACAUGGCAGCUGGUGACUUGUCAAGAUAGCUGCGGGUCACCCAGCUGCAAUCCACAAUGCUGUCAGCCCUCCUGUCCCGUGAGCAGCUGCUGCCAACCCCUGUGCUGCGAGGCCACUGUUUGUGAACCUUCUUGCUCCGUGAGCAGCUGUGCCCAACCCCUGUGCUGCGAGGCCACCGUUUGUGAGCCUACUUGUCCCGAGAGCAGCUGUGCCCAACCAGUGUGCUGUGAGGCCACUUCCUGCCAGCCGGUCCUCUGUGUGCCCACAUCUUGCCAGCCUGUGCUCUGCAAACCCAGCUGUUGCCAGCCGGUCAUCUGUGAACCCAGCUGCUGUUCAGCUGUGUGUGCCGUGCCUAGUUCCUGCCAACCCAUGGUCUGUGAGCCCGUUUGCUGUCAGCCAGUGUGCCCGACGCCUAGCUGUGGUCCCUCUAUCUGCUCUGUGGCCAGCAGCUGCCAGGCUGUCUGCUGUGACCCCAGUCCUUGUGAGCCAUCCUGCUCAGAGCCCAGCAUCUGCCAGCCGGCUCCCUGCGUGGCUCUGGUCUGUGAGCCCGUCUGCCUCCGCCCUGUCUGUUGUGUUCCGAGCCCCUGCGAGCCACCUUGUAUCUCCAGCACUUGCCAGGAGCCUUCUUGUUGCGUCUCCAGUGUCUGCCAACCCAUCUGCUCUGAGCCCAGCCCCUGCUCACCAGCUGUCUGUGUGCCCAGCCCGUGCCAGCCUACCUGCUACGUGGUCAAGCGCUGUAGUUCGGUUAGCUGUGAGCCUGUUUCCUGCCCAUCUACCUCUUGCCAACCUUUGUGUUGCCGGCCGGGGUCUUCUGCAUCUGCCAUCUGCCAACCAACUUGCCCUCGGACUUUCUACAUACCCAGUUCCUGCAAACGGCCUUGCAGUCCUGCAGUUUCCUACCGACCUAUUUGCCGCCCAAUCUGCCGCCCAGUUUGCCGCCCGAUCUGCUCCGGACUCAUCUCCUACAGGCAGCCCUACGUGACAUCUGUCUCCUACCGUCCUGCCUGCUACCGCCCCUGCUACUCCAUCCAGCGCCGCCCGGCCUACCUUACUUCCUACUCUUACCGCCCUGUCUGCGCCCGCCAGCCUUGUGCUGAGUCAGACGCCUGCAAACGGGAUUGCAAGAAGUUCACUUCCAGCCAGCCUGAUUGUGCCGACUCAUCCCCCUGCAAGGCAGAGGCCACAGAGGAGGGUCCCUGCCAGCCCACUGAGGCCAAACCCACCACCCCAAUUACCCGUGAGGCUACAGCCACUCAGCCUUCUGCCAGCAAGCCUGCCAACUGCUGA